AUGCUAUCGAGGCAUAGGAAAACGGUAACUGGGAAUCCUGUGUUAAAACGGAGGCCUACCAUCAAGCCAGUUAAGGCUCGAAGAAUUAUACGGCGGUUUCAUCUGUUGAUUAACAAGAGACGUAUUAUAUGUGCACAGCUAAAGCUCAAGCUAGUCGAAAACGGUGAAGAGUUGAAUGAGAAGUUGAUCAAAAAGAAGAUAAAGUCGCUUAAUAUGGAAAAAGACUACGAUGAGGGUUGGAACGCAUCUCAUCCGGAUUCGGUAAUAGAGAACUGUAUGCUCAAGGUGCAAGUUCUUCCCUCAAAUAAAGAUCUGGUCCGAAUUCUUGGAUAUAUAAUGAGUGAAAUUCUUCAAAAAGGCGGUCUUCAGAACUAUCAAUUAGCAAGCACCAUUGGACAAGAUAAAAACCGGGGCGGGGAUUCGUCGAAGGUACUGGUGGAUUGGUUCCGCAAAAUACGUGACCCGAAUCACCGUUACAGGGCUCUAGAGAUUGGAUCGUUGAGCGCCAAAAAUGCAAUUUCCAUUAGCGGUGUUUUCGAGCCUGUUGUGCGCAUCGAUCUAAACUCGAACGAUCCCGCCUAUAUAGAGCGCCAGGAUUUUAUGGAUAGACCUGAUCCUGCUAGUGAUGCUGAGCGGUUCGAUUUAAUAUCGUGUUCCUUGGUUUUAAACUUCGUACCCACGCCGCAACUUCGAGGUGCCAUGCUCAGUCGAUUUCAAAAUUUUUUGCGAAUGGACGUAAAGUCUACUUAUGUGUUCCUAGUAUUGCCACUACCAUGUGUUUCAAACUCACGCUACAUGAGUGAGUCUCGCCUGUGUGAUAUAAUGUCGUUCCUGGGCUAUGAAAAGACUCACAAGCACGAAUCUUACAAAAUCAUUUAUUUAUUGUUUGAACGCAAUACUGAAAACACUUCAGUAAAGCUGUCUAAUGAUGCCAUUGAACCUGGUACAGCAGGCGCGCUGUCCAAAAAGCAGAUUGUCAGGGACAAGCCUGGCAUGAACAACUUCAGCGUACUACUGUGA